AUGGGUCUGCUGACGCCACUCCUGCUCUUCGGAUUUGCGUUUUUUCAAGUCUAUGGAUCCCGACUCCGCCAAGAGGACUUUCCACCGCGGAUUGUUGAGCAUCCUUCAGAUGUGAUAGUGUCUAAAGGAGAGCCAACUACUCUGAACUGCAAAGCAGAGGGAAGGCCAACCCCCACCAUCGAGUGGUACAAGGAUGGCGAGCGGGUGGAAACGGACAAGGACGACCCGCGCUCCCACCGGAUGCUGCUGCCCAGCGGAUCUUUAUUUUUCUUACGCAUCGUGCACGGGCGCAGGAGUAAACCCGACGAGGGAAGCUACGUUUGCGUAGCAAGGAACUACCUUGGAGAAGCUGUGAGUCGCAAUGCAUCUCUGGAAGUGGCAUUGCUACGGGAUGACUUCCGCCAAAACCCUACGGAUGUGGUGGUGGCAGCUGGAGAGCCUGCAAUACUGGAGUGCCAGCCGCCUCGAGGGCACCCCGAGCCCACCAUCUACUGGAAGAAAGAUAAAGUCCGCAUUGACGACAGAGAGGAGCGGAUCAGUAUCCGUGGUGGGAAGCUGAUGAUCUCCAACACCAGAAAAAGUGAUGCAGGAAUGUACACGUGUGUGGGGACCAACAUGGUGGGGGAACGCGACAGUGACCCUGCAGAGCUGACUGUCUUUGAGCGGCCCACGUUUCUCAGGCGACCAAUUAACCAAGUGGUGCUGGAGGAGGAGGCCGUGGAUUUCCGGUGCCAGGUGCAGGGGGAUCCCACACCCACAGUCCGGUGGAAGAAAGAUGAUGCAGACUUACCAAGAGGAAGGUAUGACAUCAAAGACGACUACACCCUGCGCAUUAAGAAAGCCAUGAGCACGGAUGAAGGAACCUACACCUGCAUCGCCGAGAAUCGAGUUGGGAAAGUGGAAGCCUCUGCUACGCUCACCGUGCGAGCUCGCCCCGUUGCUCCCCCACAGUUUGUGGUGAGACCACGAGACCAGAUUGUAGCCCAGGGUCGAACUGUGACUUUUCCUUGUGAAACUAAAGGAAAUCCCCAGCCAGCUGUUUUCUGGCAAAAAGAAGGAAGUCAGAACCUACUCUUCCCAAACCAGCCUCUGCAGCCCAACAGCAGAUAUUCUGUGUCACCAACCGGGGACCUCACCAUUACCAACAUCCAGAGGUCUGAUGCAGGCUACUACAUUUGUCAAGCACUGACGGUUGCUGGAAGCAUUUUAGCAAAGGCUCAGCUGGAGGUUACUGAUGUCUUGACAGAUCGGCCUCCGCCCAUCAUCCUCCAGGGCCCCAUCAACCAGACCCUGGCUGUGGAUGGCACAGCUCUGCUCAAGUGCAAGGCCACCGGCGACCCCCUCCCUGUCAUCAGCUGGCUCAAGGAAGGGUUCACCUUCCUGGGCCGGGACCCUCGGACAUCCAUACAGGACCAGGGGACGCUCCAGAUCAAAGCUCUGCGGCUCUCUGAUACUGGGACUUACACUUGCGUUGCUACAAGUUCCAGUGGGGAGACGUCCUGGAGUGCUGUGCUGGAGGUGACAGAAUCCGGUGGAGCAACAGUCAGUAAAAAUUAUGAUAUAAAUGACCUCCCUGGGCCACCAUCCAAACCUCAGGUCACUGAUGUUACUAAGAACAGUGUCACCCUGUCCUGGCAGCCAGGGACCCCUGGAAGCCUACCAGCUAGUGCAUAUAUCAUUGAGGCUUUUAGUCAGUCUGUGAGCAACAGCUGGCAAACGGUGGCCAACCAUGUGAAGAGCACCCUGUACACUGUGAGAGGCCUGCGCCCCAACACCAUCUACCUGUUCAUGGUCAGAGCCAUCAACCCGCAGGGCCUGAGCGACCCCAGCCCCAUGUCAGAUCCUGUCCGAACCCAAGAUAUCAGCCCCCCAGCACAAGGUGUGGAUCACAGGCAAGUCCAGAAAGAGCUGGGAGAUGUCAUUGUACGGCUGCACAAUCCUGUAGUGCUGACACCCACGACAGUGCAAGUCACCUGGACGGUGGACCGCCAGUCCCAGUUUAUCCAGGGCUACCGCGUCCUGUAUCGCCAGACCUCGGGCCUGCCUGCCCCAGCCGUGUGGCAGAACCUGGAGGUCAAAGUCCCCACCGAGCGCAGCGCCGUCCUCGUCGGCCUGAAAAAGGGGGUCACUUACGAAAUCAAGGUUCGCCCUUACUUCAAUGAGUUCCAAGGGAUGGACAGCGAAUCCAAGUCUGCUCGUACCACAGAGGAAGCUCCAAGUGCUCCUCCUCAGUCUGUCACUGUCCUGACAGUUGGAAAUCACAACAGCACAAGCAUCAGCAUCUCCUGGGAUCCUCCCCCUCCUGAUCACCAAAAUGGAGUCAUCCAGGAGUACAAGAUCUGGUGCCUAGGUAAUGAGACUCGAUUUCAUAUCAACAAAACAGUAGAUGCAGCCAUUCGGUCUGUAGUAAUAGGUGGCCUAUAUCCAGGUAUCCAGUACCGCGUGGAAGUUGCUGCAAGCACAAGUGCAGGUGUGGGAGUAAAAAGUGACCCACAACCCAUAAUAAUUGGAGGUCGUAACGAGGUUGUCAUCACCGAAAAUAACAACAGCAUAACUGAACAAAUCACUGAUGUGGUGAAGCAGCCUGCCUUUAUAGCUGGCAUUGGUGGUGCAUGUUGGGUCAUUCUCAUGGGUUUCAGCAUCUGGCUGUACUGGCGAAGAAAGAAGAGGAAGGGGCUCAGCAAUUAUGCUGUCACCUUCCAAAGAGGAGAUGGAGGACUAAUGAGCAAUGGGAGUCGACCAGGUCUUUUGAAUGCCAGUGACCCCAGUUAUCCUUGGCUUGCAGACUCGUGGCCUGCCACAAGUCUGCCAGUAAAUAACAGCACUAGUGGACCCAAUGAUCUUGGGAAUUUUGGUCGUGGAGAUGUGCUGCCACCAGUGCCAGGGCAAGGAGAUAAAACCGCUACCAUGCUUUCCGACGGAGCCAUUUACAGCAGCAUCGACUUCACCACCAAAACCAGUUACAACAGCUCCAGCCAAAUAACACAGGCUACACCAUAUGCCACCACCCAGAUCCUGCAUUCCAACAGCAUCCACGAGCUGGCUGUCGAUUUACCAGAUCCGCAGUGGAAAAGCUCAAUUCAGCAAAAAAAUGACCUCAUGGGAUUUGGUUACUCUCUUCCAGAUCAAGGCAAAGGCAACAAUGGUGGCAAAGGAGGGAAAAAGAAGAAAAACAAAAAUACUGCCAAGCCCCAGAAAAAUAAUGGUUCAACCUGGGCAAGUGUUCCCCUCCCACCCCCUCCUGUGCAGCCACUUCCAGGCACAGAGCUGGAGCACUAUGGGGUGGAUCAGCAAGAAGCAGGAUAUGACAGUGAUGGUUGGUGUCCACCUUUGCCAGUUCAGACCUACCUACAUCAGGGCAUGGAAGAUGAGCUUGAAGAAGAUGACGAUCGUGUCCCCACACCUCCUGUCCGAGGAGUAGCUUCAUCUCCUGCCAUCUCCUUUGGGCAACAGUCGACUGCAACUCUCACGCCUUCUCCACGAGAGGAGAUGCAGCCAAUGCUUCAAGCUCACCUUGAUGAGUUAACAAGGGCUUACCAGUUUGAUAUAGCAAAGCAGACAUGGCACAUCCAAAGCAAUACACAACCUCCUCAGGCUCCAGUUCCUCCCCUAGGAUACGUAUCUGGAAACCUUAUUUCAGAUUUGGAAACAGAUGUUCCAGAUGACGAUGAUGAUGAGGAUGAUAUUGAAGAAGAAACUGUAGAAAUCAGUAGGCCACUGAGAGGUCUAGAGCAUACUCCAGGCUCCAGUAUGGACAAUCUAGACAGCUCUGUGACAGGCAAAGCAUAUUCUUCUUCUCAGAGACCUCGGCCAGGCAGUCCUUUUUCUACUGACAGCAACACCAGUGCAGCUGUCAAUCAGGGUCAGAGGCCGAGGCCCACGAAAAAACACAAGGGCGGACGUUUGGAGCAGCCCCCUUUGCCUCAUCGCCGGGAGGGAAUCACGGACGAAGAGGCACUCGUACCAUAUAGUAAACCCAACUUCCCAUCCCCUGGUGGCCACAGCUCUUCAGGAACAUCUUCUUCUAAAGGAUCAACUGGACCUAGAAAAGGUGAAGUCUUGCGAGGAGGUCACCAACGCAAUGCCAGUGACCUUCUCGAUAUAGGCUAUGUGGGAUCAAACAGUCAAGGACAGUUUACUGGUGAAUUAUAGUAGUGGAGAAGACACAUUGCAAGCUGCUCUGAUGGACCAUCAGGUCUGAACUCAUGGAAGUGAUGACACUAAACAGUGCAAUGAACAUUUUCUUUAUUUAUGUACUAUUAAAAGAACUGUAAAUGCAAUGUAAAGACACACAGCCACACAUAUCCCACAGAUACUUUACUUGUGUUCUUCUCUUUAAUACACCAUCCACCUUAAACUAUUCCUUGUCAGGAGUAUAUAAAAAAAAGAAAGAAAAAAAAAUCACCCUCCAGGAUUAAAAGGAUUUCCUUCUGUAUAUAAUUUCUUUUGUUGCAUUGCUAUGCAAGCUCACCUUCUUUUUAGCUAUGUUCAUAUUCAUGUCUGUUUUUACUGGUCUGUUGUACUAUAUGUGAAUUAAUAGGCUGUGGUGCCAUAUAUUAACUUUUAAUUGUGUAACUUUUAUGUUUAAAGUUUGCACUGCAAUUUUAUUUGGUGAUAAGCACAAAACUCUACUCCUCAUGACAUGAAGAAAAAAGAGACUGAAUGUGUGAAAAAGGUUUACAUCCUGUAUGCUACUUUGGACAAUGCUGGAUGUAAAAGUAGUAUGUUAGGUGGUUUUCCAUUGGGGUGUAGAAAUGAGAAAGUGACAGGCAAAACUGAUGUCAGUGAAGACAUUAGAGACAGAUUUAAACCUUUUAAAAGCAAGCAACAUAGUUGCUCUUCCUAUUUAAGAAGGGGUCAGAAGUUGGAAGUGUGAGAUUAAAGAGUGAAAAUGAAAACUAAAGGUAGCAUGAGAUGGCCUAGACCCUUUCACUAGAGUGAUACCUUUAGUAUCUACUUUUAGCCAUCCCAUGCCACUAAGUAAAGGGGAAGAAAAACAAACCUUGCUACAAACAAAAAAACUUAAGGUGUUUCACUAAAGCUGUUUUUAUUUCGCAGUUUUAAAAGAAUUAUUACCAUUAAUUUCUCCAGCCCAAAAUAUAGGACGGAGAUUUUUCAGGAGAAACAAACCAUAUAAACACAAGGAAUACCUAGUAAGAAGAUAAGAAUGCAAUUUAUUACUAAGACAUAUUCAGGCUGCUUCCAAAAAAUUGAAAUGUCAGAGUAUCAUAUUUCAUCUUUCCAAUACAUGUACAGUACGAUAGAGGAUAAAGCUGCACCACUGAAAUUCAUGACAUUAAUUGUUUUGAUGCAGUCUACACAACCCUUUCUGUUCCAUACCUGAAGUCUGCAAGAGCUGAAGUUCCAUCCACUAAAUUUGUAGUAAAAUGUUUCGUUUUUCGAAGGAAAGCAAUGAUCAAAUUAUUUUUGGCUUGCAUUAAGUAUAUUUCUGGCAAUACAAUACAUCCAAAAAGUUGGGUAUAAGCAAAGGGAAUCUUUGACCUGUGUUUUAGUGAGUGGCUUCAAACUCUACUAUGAUGAGGAAAUAACGCAUGUUUAUACACUUUUUGAAUAAACCAGACUCUGUAAGUGGACAUUAAUGACAGCAUCCUGUCUCUUCAUUAAUUUUCAUGACUUGGUCCAAGUCUUCUUUACCUCUCUAAUCUCAAAGCUUUUCUCAAGCUUUUCUUAGAAUAUUGUGUGUGGCUAACCCACCCAUUAUUUUGAUGCUUAAUUUAAAUAUUGCAUCUUACAGCUUAUUUCUGUUAGUUAUCUGACCAUGAACACAAGUUUCCAUUGAAUACCCUUUUCAUAUAACCAGUCUAUGUUGUUUUAUAUUUUGCCUUGGAGCUCACCAGUAUUAAGAACACUUUUUGUCAUGGCAGAAUUUUAGAAAAGUAAAUUACGAUGCUAAAUAUGUGUUGCUUUUCAUUUCAUUAACUUGUUCCAUGAUAAGAUAAAACACGUCAGCCAUCAACUAUAACUCAGCACUAUUGAAUAUUGAAAAAUGCUAGUUAGCUCCCUUAAGGUCAACACGUGUUAUCUAGAAAGUUACAAACAAAAAAAAAAAAAGUUGAGGAAAAAAGGUAUGAAUUUAUUUACAUAUGUGACCAAUGAGUAUAUGCCAUUUUCCUGCUUGUUAAAACACUAUAGUUAAAAACAUAACUUAAAAAUAUGCAAAAACAUUCAAGUAAGAUAAAGAAUGCAGCAUAAUUACAUAUGCAUGGUUUUUAUUUUGGUAUAUACCAUAUGAAGAGAAGACUAUUCAUACUACAAUUCAAAUUUAAUUCUCUGGAAAAUGUUUAACUCAGUCACCAAUAAUAGUUUUUUCCCCAUUUAAUUCAAAAGCUUGUGCUGAGCUUUGGUGGAACACCUUACUCACUCUGUUCUCUUCAAAAUUCAGUAUCAUUAGAGGUUGAUAAAGCCAUUCCAAUUACUUUCAAAUAUGUGUUUUAUCUCUUCCACUGGAAAGUGAAUGUGUGUCAGUAUUAAAGCUGUUCAGUACCAUGAUAUUCACUAACUUGUCCAUCUGCUUCUGUACAUUUUUGUUCAUUAAUAAUUUGCUUACAAUAUUACAUAAGGUGUUGUUGUGUAUGGCAAAGUGUCUCCAUUAUCUUACAGGUGAUGUCUCUUCUUUUUUUUUUUUUUUCUCUCUCUUUUCUAUACAGUGUACUUCCAAUGAACCACAGUACAUAUUUUUAAAAUGCCAUUUAAUUUACUAUUUUAAAAGAAGUAUUCUUCUUUUUUUUAAAAAAAUGAAAACAUUUAUUGUGAAUAAUGUGUUUAAAGAAAAGGGAUGUUGUGGCAGCACUUAGAAUUGUUUUUUAAUUUGUUUUUUUAAAAAAACUGUUUAUUGGCUACAGUUUGUUCACGAAAAAGUAUGACCUCUUAAUGUGUUUCAUUGGUAUUGUUAGUGCAGCAAAGUUUAAUUGGCAUAAGAAGUUGGUUAAUAGUACUGUUGAAGUGUGUAUUGUAUAUUUACUGGGGAAAAAAUAAAACAUAUUCACAUUUCAAAUCUA